UGUAGCGCUGAUUCAGUAUAUCAUCUUUGGAGCGGAUUUAGUUUUUUUUAUUCCACAUAAUUUUUACGUGGACAAAGCCAUAUUCGUUGAAUCGUCAACUCUCAAUCGAUUGAAAAUGUCUCAACUACAGUUKCUGCGUGAGUUUUUAAAUGAGCGUGUAAUGGCUGCUGCUGUCGAAAUUUUUGGGGCAGUUGAGAAAACGGUAGCUGAGUACCAAGAGGAAAAUGAUCGUCUACGGAGACUGCUGCGGAUAGAUUCCUUGCAGCUUUCUCUCGCUGUCUCUGAAGAGGAGGUUCUCCCUGAGCAUCAGCAUUGUGAGCAGGAGUGGAGCUUCAGUCUGGGACAGGAGAACACUGAAGCCACACAGAUUAAAGAGGAAGAGGAGCAAAUCAGUCAGGAGGAAGAACAGCUUCAAGAGCUCUUUGAUACCAAAAACACAAUUUUCACUCCUGCCUGUAUGACAAGUAAAUGUGAUCAGGUGGACCCCUUGACUCCUCCUCAAAUCCAGACUUUGGAGAACAGAGAGUGUGACCCGAAACAAGUGAAUCUCACACCUUUUGGCACUGUGACUCAGCUAAAGGCUCUCAACAUUCCAUGUGACCCUCCAAAUAAUCAAAACAAUGCAUCCAGCCACAGCACAGCCGAAAGCAGUGACCCAAUAGGACGCGACAGCAGCCCAACAUUAGAUCCCAGCCCACCAUUGACUCACAACYCACCAUUUAAGAAACAUAGAUCCAAACCCAGCAACACAGCUAUAAAAACUCUCCGCUGCUGUGACUGUGGUGAAACGUUUGCUCUAAAAGCUGACCUGCAGAUGCAUGUGACUCUCGCCAAGAAGCCCAGUGAAUGCCAAUUCUGCAAACAUUUCUAUAGAUCUACCUGUAAACUGAAGGCCCAUGUUAGACUGUGUCACGAUGGGAAAACCAGCACCUUCCCCUAUUUUGGAAAGACCUUCAAACUAGAAGGAGAUCUGUCCAAGCACAUGAUUCACACAGGAGAGAAACGAUUUAGCUGUGGUGACUGUGGGAAAAGUUUCAGUCUCAAGAGGAACCUAACCGAACAUGUUUGGACUCACACAGGGGAGAAGCCAUUUAGCUGUAGUGACUGUUAG